UCACCUACUACGACUCACUGGUUGAAGUUGGAGAAAAGUUUGACAAGCCCGGAGAUCAUAAAAGAAGAGAUACUGACCCACAGAGGAGACACGUAAUCGAUACUAAAGGUGUUUUCCUACUCCAAAAACGAUGAACUCCAUUGGCCAGAAAGUGCUGGCGUCUGGAUUUAAUCUUGACUUGGGGCCACUGAAAGAGCCUUUGGCUUUUAUCCGUUUGCUAGAAUGGGUGUUCUCCAUAUUUGCUUUUGCUACGACUUCAGGUUACAGCGGCACGAGCAGUGUCAACAUCCAGUGUGCUGGGGCGGCCAGUAAGGAAAUACAUGCAAACUUCAACUACCCGUUCAGGUUGACGCAGCAUCCUUAUGAUGUUCCUAACUGUAUAGUUAAUCAAACUACCACCACUCAUUACUACCUGACUGGAGACCACACAUCCUCGGCACAGUUUUACGUUUGCAUCGGAGUGUUUGCCUUUCUCUACAGCACUGCCACACUGGUCCUCUAUUUGGGCUACCAGCACUUGUACAGGGAAUCAAGUCGUGGCCCCACUGUGGACCUGCUGGUGACUGCAGCCUUCGCAUUUAUGUGGCUGGCAUCAUCCUCUGCUUGGGCUAAAGGCCUCUCCGAUGUGAAGUGGGCCACCAGUCCUGCAACCCUUGUGUCUCUUAUUACUGUUUGCACGGAUCCCAAGAACAAGUGCACGGCAGGUGCUAUUCCUCACAUGGGCCGAUUAAACGCCUCAGUGAUUUUUGGUUUUCUUAACCUCAUCCUGUGGGGUGGAAACUGCUGGUUCAUCUACAAGGAAACACCUUUCCACCAAACAGCCAGCCCGCCUGCUGACACCGAGGGGGGAGUCAGGCCAUCGUAACUGCCCAGCUUCCUCAUUUCUUAACUGUCUAACAUGUAGUGUUGUUAAAUGAGUUCUUUUGGUACUAAUUGUUCAAUUGCUGUAGAUUAUUUUUAAAUGUCGGACUAUUAUUUCAAAUUCAUUUUGAAAGGUACUAAAACGUGAGUUGUUCAGACUGAAACCAGGACAGGAAAGUACCGCAGGUGUGUACUGUUUAGCUUUGUUAGUUAUACACCAUAAUCGGUCUCCAUGUUAACUGCCAUCAUUCAAAAACUCAGGGCUAUUAAGAGUACAAAUAACAAAAUACAUAAUUAAUAUGAAAUACUUGAAGUGCAUUUGUUAUUAUCACAAAUUUAGACUUAUACAAAAUAAAAAUGCAGUCCAAUCCAAAAAAUGUAGUUAUCAGAAAUUUGAGUUAAAAUGAAAUAAUAUUAAACGGUACUUAAUUUGGAAAAAUAAUUCAGUUGCCAAUAUGAGAUUAACUGUAAAGCAAUUUUUCUUUUGUUUGUUUUCAUUGCUAUGUUGCACCUCAUCAUCUCAUUAUGUUAGGCUAAUCUCGCUAUUUUAGCACAACAGCAGAAUAUUUUGUUAUAGGCGUUUGCUGUAUUUGUUUGGAGCAUGCUAUUACUAUUACUUAUUUGGUAUUAUUUGCAGAUGUUUUUGAAAGUAUGACAUCUUUUAUCUUUGUCCUGCAUGUUUAUAAUGUUCAAAUCAAGGAAUUAAUGGGACAGUUGGCCAUCAAGGUCCUGUAACAUUUCAAUACCAAUGUACAAUCAACUUAUAACUUUAGAUAGUUGUUGUUUUCUAUUGUUGUUUUCAUUUUUAUUUGUCUGAUAACUAACCUAUUGUUAAUUAACUGCAUUAAUUAGCUUUAUCUUGGCUUCUACCUCCACGUAGUUAUAAGGGAAGGCAAGCUAUUUGUUUCUCUAUUAUUGCAAUGAUAAUGAUUUCUUACUUUGAUGAAAGCCUUUCUUGAUUCUCUACUUCACCUCUGUGUUGAUAAAGGUGUCGCAUGUAUGAAACUGCAGUAUUGGAGGAUACUGUGUGGACAUGAAAUGCCAUGUGUCAUUAAAAACAAGAUCUGGA